CACACAAACAGUGUACAUUAUUCAUCUAUUUUCACCAUAUAUAUCACCUUGAAAGAGUAUUUACAACUAAAUUCUUGGCCUGAGAUUCUAGAAAGAAUUCUAGAAAGAUCUAAACCCAGGGUCUCCCAGGCUAGGCCCAAACCAUCUCUUGAUGCUUCAGGCUUUGGAUGGGUCUCCUGGCCUUCAGCCAAUCGGCUUCCUCUACAAUGGAAGAAAAGCAACUUCCAAAGACGAUGACUCUGACACCAGGUCCUCUUUUUUUCCUGGAUGUGAAACAAUAGCAUCCUCAGUCUUGGCAAAAGCGGGGACAUCAGCCCUUCAACAAGAAGCUGGAACAGUUGGGAUGUCUUCUUAAGACCAAAAGGCUGCUAGAUCUAGAACGUUUUCCCUCCACUGGUCAUCCUGUCGAAGGACAUUUUUAGAAGAUUCCUCUUGGUGUAUCCACUAUAUUGCUCUCUCCCGCGCACACCAGAUUUCUUUCCAUGGGAAUCAAGGCCAGGAUAAGACCACCAGGGUUGUCUUCUCUGAUCUCUGAAAACUCACCCUCUUAACCAAAUAACCUUGGAGCUGGUUUUGCGGAUGUGCACUCUACAAAAUAGGCUAACAGUGCCCUAAGCGUUUGAUUUCUCCUUUUUGAAAGUUUUCCCUGUUCUUUCCGAUAAAAAAAAAUGGAAAGUGCGUAUUAACUGUGUUAGGCUUCUAGGUGGUAGCAUCUCUCUGCUUUCUUCUGGAGCUUCCAAGGAAGAGUUGUCGCCUUGUAUGGGGGGGACCCUCAUUCUCCAGCUGUUUGUUCUGUCUUCUGACGAAUGCGUGAUCUGCUUUGGUUUCAGAGGCCAAGCCUACAGCUCAGCUGUAGCUCCCCAUGGCCCAACGCCUUACACAGGCUACAGUGAAGCCCCAGUGCCUGCUCCGAAGCCAAGGGUUGUAACCACUGCCAGCAUAAAGCCCUCGGUCUAUCAGCCAGGUAAGGGGAUUUUCCUUCACCCCGCUCCAGCCCCUGCCCCACCAUCGGUGUCCACACAUACCUAUAUUCCAAGCCAAGCCGAGCCUGCAAGCCGUCCCCCCUGGGUGACAGAUGACUCCUUCUCCCAGAAGUUUGCCCCUGGGAAAAGCACCACCACCGUCACCAAGCACGUUCUGCCGAAGGGUGCUCCAGUGCCUCCAUCUUCUGCCCCGCCUCCCUCCAUUCCUGCGUCCGUCCAGGCUCCUGCUAUCGCCCGGGGAACAAUCCAAAGAGCAGAACGCUGCCCUGCCAGCAGCCGAGCUCCGCUCUGUGGACAUUGUAACAGCAUCAUCAGAGGGCCCUUCUUGGUAGCCAUGGGUCGCUCUUGGCACCCUGAGGAAUUCAACUGUGCUUAUUGCAAGACCUCCCUGGCUGAUGUGGGCUUUGUGGAGGAACAGAACAGCGUCUACUGUGAGCACUGCUACGAACAGUUCUUUGCUCCGACCUGUGCCAGGUGCCACACCAAGAUCAUGGGGGAAGUGAUGCAUGCAUUGAGGCAAACGUGGCAUACCACUUGCUUCGUCUGCGCUGCCUGUCGGAAACCGUUUGGAAACAGCCUCUUCCACAUGGAGGAUGGAGAGCCCUACUGUGAGAAAGACUACGUUGCCUUGUUCAGUACCAAAUGUCACGGAUGCGACUUCCCCGUUGAAGCUGGAGACAAGUUCAUUGAAGCCCUUGGUCACACCUGGCAUGAUACGUGCUUCAUUUGCGCUGUCUGCCAUGUCAAUUUGGAAGGUCAACCGUUUUAUUCGAAGAAAGAUAAACCUCUAUGCAAGAAGCACGCCCACGCCAUCAACGUCUAAAGAAAGAUCUGGAAGGGAAUCACGAAGUAAAAAAAAAAGUGUGGAGGUUGAUUCAACAAAUUAAAUAUAGAUCACUGUGGAUUUUUGAGGAUAGGGAAGGGAAAGGGGAGGUCACAAAAUUAUGGACACUUUGAAUUAUGCUUUUGUAUGUGCAGAUCUGUUUCUGGCACACAAAAGGGUGAACAAAAUAUUCGUAGCUUCACAGCCAACCUGGAAAUGCAAAUGCUUGAGCAAAAUGAACAAAAUAAGGGGGCAGUUUCUAUGUAAGCAUAUUGACUAGGGUAGCCUUAGCGUAGGAGAACCCAUUAGUGUUAAAAAAAA